GCGAGCGCGAAAGAUGUCCGCACCGUUGUGGGGCGGCCGGCUGAGAGUCUUUGUUCGUAGCCAGGAUCCCACUGCUGAGGCAGUUCCUGCACGUGUCGCGGGGCCGGAGAAGCUAGGGCCAGGUAGUUCAGGGAUGCAAGAAUCCUGCAAAUCCGAUGUGUAAACUGCUUCCCCAGCCGCCAGGCGAGCCCAGCCUUUGCCUCAGGCCCCUUCCUUUUCUUUCUCCGGGAAUCGAUCUCGGGAGGGGGUGUGGGCAAGGAGAUGAAGACUUUCCCUCUUCGCUCAGGCCAACUUGGCAUAUCCCGGAGCCUCCGGAGAGGCGGUCACUCCGACGUCUGAGGAGCUGGGCCCUGGGCCGGGACUAGUAAUGAAGAGCGACUCCUCCAUCUCUGCAGGCCCCCUCCGGGGGCUCGGGGGGCCCCUGCGCAGCAGCGAGCCGGUGCGCGCCGCCCGGGCCCGGGCACCGGCGGUGGACCUGCUGGAGGAGGCGGCCGACCUCUUGGUAGUGCACCUGGACUUUCGGGCGGCGCUGGAGACCUGCGAACGGGCCUGGCAGAGUCUGGCCAACCACGCCCUGGCAGAGGAACCCGCGGGCACCUCCUUGGAAGUGAAGUGCUCCCUGUGUGUUGUGGGGAUCCAGGCCCUGGCAGAAAUGGAUCGGUGGCAAGAAGUCCUCUCCUGGGUUCUUCAGUAUUACCAAGUUCCUGAAAAGCUACCCCCCAAAGUCCUAGAACUGUGCAUUCUUUUAUACAGCAAAAUGCAAGAGCCUGGAGCUGUGCUGGAUGUGGUGGGUGCUUGGCUCCAAGACCCAGCCAACCAAGACCUUCCAGAGUAUGGAGCCUUGGCGGAAUUCCACGUGCAGCGGGUGCUGCUGCCUCUGGGCCGCUUGUCGGAGGCUGAGGAGCUGGUGGUGGGCUCUGCAGCCUUUGGUGAAGCACAGCGACUGGAUAUACUUCAGGCCAUUGACACAGCGAGGCAGCGGCAGGGACAGGAACACUCAGGCUCUGAGGAGGCCCCGAAGCCAAACCGGGAAGGCUCUGUGUCCCACAAGUUCCUGUCACUACCGAUGUUGGUUCGCCAGCUUUGGGACUCUGCGGUGAGCCACUUCUUUUCUCUGCCCUUCAAAAAGAGCCUCCUGGCUGCCUUGAUCCUCUGUCUCCUGGUGGUGAGGUUGGAUCCAGCUUCCCCUUCCUCCCUGCCCUUCCUCUACAAGCUGGCCCAGCUCUUCCGCUGGAUCCGGAAGGCUGCAUCUUCUCGCCUCUGCCAGCUCCGCAUCCGUGACUGAGGGUCCCCUUGCACCACAGCCUCCCUGCUCCUCAAGUCUGCGGCAACAGAAGCGGAGUGACAGAGCGAUGCAUCCACAGGUGCCCCUGGGGAAGUAGGGCCAGCCUCAUCUCGUGGGGUGCACUGUCUUGCUGCCUGGGUACCCUCUCCUUUGCACCCCACUUUGGCUGGCCAUAGUAGGUGACAUGGAAACAAAUAGGGACCAGCAGGCACAGUUCCUUCAGAACAGUUCUCCGGACACCCAGAGGCUCCUUGAAAAGGAGGGGUUUGGGGACAGGGACUGUGUCUAUGAAACGUUCCAUCUUCUCCGCGAAGGCAAGGGGUUUGUUCUUUAGGCCAGGAUAUUAAUGGAGCUGGAAGUUCAGAAAAAGCCUGGUAGAGUGA